AUGCCUAGAUUUGUGCCAUUGAUUACAGGAUUAGCUGUCGCUUCAGCCAUCACAUACAAGUUCAGAAAUGAUUUAUUACAAGAUCAAAAUGACAUUAAAACUCGCUUGGAAGAUGCCAAAUCCACACUUGAUAAAGCAGUGAUUGAACCUACUUUUGGCAGCAGUAGAAGCUACCUAUCCGACUCACAGAAAUACGUUUCCAACCGACUAGUUCCAUCAGUAAAAGAUUCCUGGAACACACAAAUCAUGAAUGCUGCACAAUCUUUGGUCAAGGUAGACAUUGGAUCCAAGGCAAUUGAAUUAUGGAACAAGCAUGUUGUUGACAAUAUCAAAGAAUCCAUCAAUAAAAACUAA